CCGCCACGGCUGAAGAAUUGGGAAACGCGAGCCUUAGGAGCAGGGCGCUGGGGGUUUUCGGAGUGGGUUUCCGCGAAGGGCUGCGGCAGGGAGAGGUUCCCGGCAUUGCCACGGCCGGCGCAUCCGCAUCGGGAGGGGCUUGGGGCCGGUGUGUAACACACCUGACACCUGUUGCGUGAGCGACCGGGCGAGGAGAGAGCCACCAGGUAGAGGAUGCCCCAGGUAGGGAGGAGCCGCCGGGCGGAGAGCGAGGAGCCGGAUCGCAGCUCUGCAGGGCUCCCGGCAGCCGGAACCCCAUCCCGGCGCUGCACCGAGCUCAUCCCGCCCUCAGCCGACCACGGCCCCAGCCUGCCCGGAGAAUUUCAACCCUUUUUUGAGAUAUGUGAAGACAACUUAAGAGAAUGAAUUUACACUGAAACAUAUGUUUAGAGUUGGAUUUUGUGCUGUUGACCCGGUUCUCCUGCUACAGUCUACGAGUUAAUGUACGUACGUCCUUUUGCUUCUAACACUUGGCGGUGGGGGGGGGGGGUGGUGGUGGUGGUGUUUGUGUAUUCUUAAAUGACUUCUAGAAUCAAGAAAAUCAAAACAACAGUGCUCUCUAUUUUUUGCUAACAUAGUGCAUAGGAUUAAGAACUCCUCUUUCACUACACAGUAGCAAGGCAAGGAGUCUUCACUGUGCCCAAAUCUCGAGAAGAGAGUAUCUGUCUUUACAAGAGGAGGGUAGGAAAUGCUUUUCCUGUUAUUCCUACAUUAUUCCUAUUCCUAUGACCUUUACGGACAUGAGGUAGUUGAGUAGAAAGUUCUUGCUCUAGUUAGCAGCUGUUUGGUACUGUCUUACAUUAAUAAUCUAGGGACCCUGACUUUGUGUAGAUGGAUGAAUACUUGCAACUGGUGUUCCAAGGACUGGUGCUCACACAUAGCUUUGGUUGGAUUACAUGUUUGUUAAAACGCCCAUGGCAUUUUAUGCUCUAAUUUUUGCAACAUUUAUUGUCUUUGGUUACUGUGAACCACUGUUAGCAAUAUAGAAUUUUCCCUACUGGGGAACUUUCCAAUAAUGGGGAAGUUUCCUAAAGAAGUAGGUGUAGUUACAUCAACAUUUAAGUUGUCACAUGAAGUCUUUGACAAAUAGUUCUGUUUUCCUGUCUUUUUCAUUUGAUUGUGGCAGAAACAUACAGCAGCAGUACUGAGGAGCAAUUUCCACAGUGAAUAUUUUUUGCUUUUAAAAAAAUUUUUGCCACAGAUGUUGGAAGCUGGCAGGAGGACAGAAGAGGUAUUGUGGUAGGUUCUGUAAGAAAAUUAGCAAGCAGAUAGCUUUAGUAAAGGACUUUGAUUGACAUUAAGGUCUCAAACUGUUCCAGAGGAUCCUUCUGCUCAAGGUGAAACAGGAGAAGGUUCUAUAAUGGUUAUUGCAGUAGUUUUCUUUUUGCAUGUGAACGUGGAUUUGACCUGGACCUACAUUUUUUUCCUCCUGAAAGUGAAAAAUUGAAUGCAGAAGCAAACUUUCUCAGCCUUGAGGAAAUUUGUAAGUAAUAGUCAUACAUAUUCUGUGUACUGUAAAGCUUGUUUUUCCUCCAAAUAGGGAGAAAGCAUGCUAAGAAAUCUCAUCAACUGCAGGACAUAAACAUAGAACUAUAAAAGGUUCAACCUGCAUCAUGGGAAGACCUUUGUUUUUGUAUAUAUUUUUAUUCUACUGGCAUUUCCUAACUGCUUUAUUCACUGUUGAGGCUCCUCAGUCACUCUUCACUGUGGAACGUGGGAACAACGUGACCAUGCAAUGCACAUUUCCAGUGAAUGGGGAAUUAGAGUUUAGAGAUUUAAGUGUCAGCUGGGAAAAAAAAGAUGAGUCAAAGCAGGUUUAUGUACUUCACAAAGGAGAGGAAGACUUCAAAAAUCAGCACAUUGACUUUAGGGGAAGAAUAAAAUUGUUGAAAGAGAAUUUGAACUUGGGACAGUCUCUCCUUCAGAUCACCGAUGUGAAGCUCAAAGAUGCAGGGGUUUACCGCUGUGUUAUUGUCUAUGGGGGAGCUGACUACAAGACAAUCCAUCUGAAAGUUAAGGCUCCUUACAGAAUUAUAAACCAAGGAGUGGUGAGCACAGGACACAACGAAUGGAAGUUGACAUGUCAGUCAGAAGGACACCCAGAAGCUGAAGUGAUAUGGCAAAACAGAAACCAUGAAGAUAUUACUGACAAGGCAAGCACAAGAUUUGAAACUGGAAGUGACCAGUUGUACCAUGUGACAAGUACCCUUACAAUCAAAAGUGGAAUUGAUGAGAUUUUUUACUGUAUAUUCUGGAAUAAAGAGCUGCAAGAAAAUACAUCUGCUAUUUUACACAUAGCAGCUGAUGGCAUUCUCCAGACUGAGAGCAGACGCUUUGUUGGAGCAGCUCUCAUUGCUACUGCUUUUAUUGGAUCAGGGCUUCUACUUCUGCUCUGCAUAAGAAAAGAGCUGUCAAAAGAUAAGGAUACACAGGACUGCAGAGAUGAUGCUUUUGAAGACAGAGAGCUGAAAUAUAUGCAAAUUGAGAAGACCUAGAGAGAGCAGGGGAAGACUUUUUUCCACUAUUGUGAAGAUUUCAGAGCUCAAAUGUUAUGUAUUCUAUCUACUAAAGGGGAUAUUAAUUUUUUGUAUUUAUUGUGUGAUGACAAUUUUCUAUAUUGUUGUAACACAGGAAAAAUAUAAUGAAGUUGAAAUAAUUAUUAUAGCAUAAAAAAUUAUUGAACGCAGGCUUCUGCAUAUGUGACUAGAUAUUGAGGUAUUUAUUUUAAUAUCAAAGUUUCUGCCUUCUCAAGUUUAGGCAAAUGUCUUUCAAAGAAACAUUUAAUUGAAAAUAUCUUUCAGGUAAAGCACUUUAGGUCUAUGACCAUCAUUAAUUUCACAGCUAGUUCUUGAUAGGUCAUCUUCUGAACCUUUUUCUCUUCCUUCUUCAUCUCCAUUUCCUGCAUGAAACUAGUUUUCCAUCUUUUGAAGAAUCUUUUCAAUACUUUGAUCCUCAAAAAAGAUGAUGGCGCAACAAGACAAGGUGCCAUACCAGUCCUUAAAAUGCCGGAUGCUCACAGCUAAGUCUGGAAAAGAUGACUGAAGCCUCUUGGCAACUAUGGCUUGGAAAUUACGUAAUACUGAGCUUUUUGAUAUCUUUCUUUGAAAAGCAUUUUGGGCAUUUAUCUUCCUUAUGAUACAGCUGGCACUACUUGGUUACUGCUCAUUGCUCUUCUGAUUUACAACCUGGGGAUAAUAAAAUUCUUUAGACAUUUAGGAAGAACAGCCCUUGUUUUAGAUGGCCAUUUUGUUUUCUUGGGAAUGGAAAAAGGAAAAUCUACUUACUUCUAGGACAUGAAAUACAUGCUUACAUGCAUAUUUAAUGUGUAGUUAAUGUUAAUUAAUUUUUAAUUAACAUAGUUAACAUUUUAAUUAGCACUGUCAUUAAGGUUAAUUAAAAAGAAUGUUAAUUGUAAUACACAUGAUUACAUAGAAAUACUGAAGAAACCUGUUCCUGGAUCCCAUUUCACAAGUUACUGUUAUAUUACAUUUUGUUAAGUGCAUAGGUUUUUUGAGGGAGAUCACAUAUAGAUGAAAAAAAUGUAUGACAAUGGUAUUCACAAUUGUAUUUUUUUAAUAAAACAUGUUUUAUCUUG